CCUUUAAUCAAUGGAUAAAUAUUGCAUACCACUCUUUUAACCAACUCCAAUGGAUCAAGUGGCAUCUCCUUGGGUCCUUGCACCAACUUUAUCAGCACCAAGAAUCUCUCCCCUCAGCUUUAUUGUUCUCUUUCCUUGACAAUGAACUCUUGGUUCUCUCAAGCCGUUGUCGUACCGACCACAGGCACCAGCCUGACCUUCGAGUGCGGACACUGCCACAGAAUCGUUUGCAACGAAACCUGCCUCGCUGGACAUCGUGAUCGAUAUCACUGCCACAACUCGAGAUGCGUAUACCACCGUCCAACUCAGCCACAAUAUGCAGCCUCGCCCGUGCCUUCUCAACACGACAACAACAACGCUGCCCUAGACUCAGCAGGUACAUACCGCACCACAGCAGAGCCACUUCCUGCGUCGACUACCUUGGGCGAGACGACCGACAUGCCUGAAGAAGGCAACCUGGUCAUCCACGAGACGAUCACACGUGAAUACUGCAGGGAGGAGGACCCAGUGCCGAUCAAUGCCAGCCAGCACAGGACUUCUGGGCACGCAGAUCGAGGCAGCUCUCAUCGGACUGAGCACGGACAGGAAGUGGCUGCGUCCCUGCCGCCUCUUCCAGUCGACGUCACUGAUGCGGAGAUUGUGGCGCAGGAGAGACUGCUCGCUGAGUACCAGCGGCGUGCUCACCAAUAG